UAGAAGCUGCCGAGUUGUUAUUACCGUACAUUCUUUCGUUUUAACUAGUACAGUAGCGAAAAUGAUUCUCAAAUACGUGUUUUUCUUGUUUUUUGUGUCUAAAAUCGCUGCUAUCGAUACAGAAGUGUUUGAAUUCGAUCUGUUAUGGUACGAAUCGAACAGUACCCAACCCUAUUUGUACAAAGCCCGGUCAGAAAUAACUGAAGGACUACGAAAAUCUGAAAAAAUUCAACUAAACACUUCUCUAGAAAGUUUGAGUGCCGUUGAUCUGACAUUUAUACCAGAAUUAAAGGUUUUGAGCUUGGACAAUAUCAGUUUAACUUAUAUCAAACCAGGAGCCUUCAACAAUCUUCCCAAAACCCUUCAGAACUUGUCAAUAACCCUUAACAAGAUUCCACAACUCGAUGAAGGAGUCUUCAACAACCUAACGGUACGAUUUUUGAACCUUUCCCACAACCAAAUACGAACCAUCAAGAGUGAAGCUUUUGACAACAUGAAAGACCUAACUACCAUCAUCCUGGACCACAACGAACUCUCUCAGUACGAUUUAAAAUUUGCAGGCUGUCAGAAAUUGAACCAUAUUUCAAUCAAGAACAAUUUUAUCGAACAGUUACCGGCAAAUCUGUUUGCAGCUGUUAGUGAUAACGUUAUGAUGGUUGAAUUCAGUUAUAACAAGCUUAAUAAAAUUCAUAAGCUGGCUUUUGACAUCAAGGAGUUCAAGGAGGUUUAUUUGGAUCAUAAUGAGCUGACCGAUGCUGUGGUUUUGAUCAAGCUUGUUAAAGCUGAUAAGGUGAAUUUGUCUCAUAAUAAUAUCAACUGUCUGCCAAAAGAGUUUAUGGAAAAUGGACUAAGUAAAAUCAAGGCUUUGAAUUUGAUAGGGAACCCACUGAAUUGUAGUUGUCUUCAUGACUUGAGGAAAAAAGUUAGGAAGAAUAUUGAGUUUCAGAAGAUGUCUCCUUUGGUGAAGAACAUCAACAUCACUCUUCCCGAAAAAGAUUGUGUUAAGUAAUAAAGUUUUUGUUAUUUUUCGUAGAAUAUAAGUAUUUUUGUUUGUAUGGGAUUAUAGAUAAUUUUACGCUCUAGGUAGUUUGUAAAAAGAUAUUUUUGUAUUUAGUCAGGCAUUUUAUUUUUGUAACUGUACUGUAUGUAAUAAUAAAACAAAUUCUUACCAUCUUUGGCUUUCUAUU